GGGAUCGGCCCCGGGAUGGGCACCCCCGCGACCGCCAGCCCCGCGCCAGGAUUCCUGGUGGACACUUAUUCCUUGCAGCAGUGGUGCUCACCUGCCUCUAGAUGGACCUGGCCUGGAUGCCAGGAGGGAAAUAUGAGCUUGGUUUCAAGUUCAGUUCCCAGUGAAGCCAGAAGGCUGGAAUUAGGAAGGCAGAGAAUGGAAUACACAAUGGCUGAUCUACACCUAGCGAGGCAGAAGCUGCAGAGGCACCUGGAAGCGGUGUCAGCGCGGCAGCAGCUGGCCCUGCACCGGAACCAGGCCCUGCGCCAGGAAUUCCUGCAGCUGGAGGCUCACAUGGAAACCACAGGCUGGGAGAGCAUCAGGAAGAUGGAAGAACGGUAUGGAAGGGAAAUUAAAAACCUGUUAUCCCUUCGAGAGGGCAGCUUGUCAGCAGGAGGUGACAAGGAGGAAGGACCCAGCGAGCAGGUGCUGCAGGCCGGAGGACAGGUGGGAAUUGGCACCAGUGCAGCCGUGCCAGGAGAGCUGGGCUAUCCAGCAGCAGCCUUGCUGGGCUGCCCCACAUCAGCUGCCUCGGCCACAGGAGGUUUGGGCUCUCAGGAGAAGCCCCCUCUGCACUCCCCAUCCCCUGAUGGGCUCGCUGGAGACAGCCAGGAGGGAGCAGCGGGACACGGGGAGCUGGCUGCCAGCGAGGAAGGCUCUGAGCAGCUCACCUCAGCUUCUGGUGCCAAAGCAGCCCCCCCGAGGCCGGGAAGUGUUCCAGGGGCAAAGCCUAGCCUGAGCAGCUGGUGGGCUCACAGGGAGGGGAGCAGCGCCAAGCUCCCGUUCCCUGCCAGUGCUGAGGAGGAGACAAGGCCAAGCAUUCCCAGCCUGCAGCAGGAGCAGGGCAGGGAUGCCCGGGCUCCAGAGUGCUCCCCGCUGCCCCCACCGAGCCCUCCUGCAGCCCAGGAGGAGCCCUUGGACAGCUCAGCACCACACAGGCCCGGCGGGAUGCAGACCGAGCUCCAGGAGCUCUGCCACGCGCUGCAGCUCCUGGAGGGGCUGGUGGAGAGGACGAGCCCCCGGCACCGGGCGCUGUACCAGGGACAGCCCUCGGGGACAGCGGAGCUGCCCAGUGCUCGUGCUGGGGCCCGCGGGCUGGCUCAGGGUGACCUCGAGGUGAUGGAGGCCGUGGUGCUGCGGCAGCUCCAGGCCAUGUCCCAGCGCACCGCGGAGAGAGCAGGGCACGAGGAGCACACCAGGGACACGGACGCGCUGCGGACUCUCCUGAGCCACCAUGGCUUGUUCCUGAAGCAGCAUGGGGUUCAGCUCCCAGAGCAGGUGGCAGAGAUGUUUGAGCAGCUGCUGGCUUCGGGAGAGGAGGAGCAGGACCGCCAGAUUGUGCUGGAGGCCCUUCCAGGAGAGUGUGGGGAUGAGCCAUCUGUCCAGAGCGAUGAGUCCUCUCUCAGCCUGUCAUCAGUCCCGACCAACGGCGGGGAAGGAGAGCAGGGGGAGCUGGCGCGGCAAAAACCAGGUGGAGAUCACAGCCACAACAAUCCCGAAAGGAGCGACAGUUUGGGAACACAUUCAGAAAGCAGCUCCUUGGAUGGAAACGCUCCUCCCUUCUCCAGGACUGAACUGCGGAAGGAAACAGUAACUGCUAUAAAAUCCAAAGCGUUCUGGGGUGAAUCUGAGGACAGCAGCUCCGAGCUCGAGGCUGCUCUGCGCCCACAGACCCACGGCACGGAGUCAGACGACUUUGAUGACUUCUAUGACUGAGAUUCUCCCACUGGCUUUUGGGAAGAAACAAACUGUGUUUUCUUUCACACAGUGAGUGUGCCACAGGCUGAAGCACUGCCUGUCACUGAAUUGGCAAAGAAAAUUUAAAUACUAAAUAAACAUAAUAG